AGCAUACAAAUCAUAACGGACACGUAGUCGAGACGGUGCCAUCUGCCAUGGUCGGUCGCCUUUCCUCGGUGGCUCGUUUGCUUUCGCCCGAGCCCUGGAGUCCUGAAUCCUGAUCCUGACUCGUCCCAACCGGCAAGGCGGAACCUGCUGCUUCGAGCGGAACGAUCAGUUUGGGAAAUCGCCGGCGCUAGCCAUACACUCCGUUCUCCUACUCCAGUCCGUGAGUUCCUGAACAAAAUUUUAUCACUCGAUUGCUACUUCAUCUUGGAAUCCCAGAGUCAUGCAGCUAUACAGGAGCACCAUCUUCAAAACUUCUCGGGAUCCGGAGUUUAUCGAGAAAAGACCGGCCGGUGACGCGCGUGGUGGGGUGGUGCCAGUGCGCUCGCAACCUGUUCGAUGAUUUGUUGCUUAGAUCCACAAUGAAGAUAGCCUGGGGUAAGAAUGCCAAAAUGAAGAGGCAGCCAGUGGUAGUGUCAACUAAACCAGGGCUACCAUUUGGAGUGGACAGCGAUACCGAUGAGGCUGAAAAGGAGGAAACAGCAGGGGCAAACACAAACUGUCCUGGAACAAAGCCACUUGACACAGCUGAAUCACUCCAGCAUCUAGGAGACAAGCUAGCUGAGGAAGGAAAGUACCAUGAAGCACUUUGUAGGUGGGAGGCUGCACUUACCUUGGCACCUGACAAUGCAAUACUUCACGAACAGAAAGCUCAGGUUUUACUUGAAGUGGGAGAUGCAUGGCAUGCACUGACAGCAGCAACCAGAGCAACAGAACUGGAUCCUCUAUGGCCCGAGGCUUGGGUCACACUUGGUAGAGCGCAGUUAAAUUUUGGGGAACCAGAUUCAGCUAUACUAUCAUUUGACAAGGCACUAGUAAUCAAGCACGACCAUGAUGGUGCGAAAGCUGACCGUGAAACUGCAGUCCGUCUUGUCAAGAAACGAGGGCAGUUGCACUCAUCAGGUCUAAGCACCAACAAAAGGAGGUUCACGGUUGGAGAGAACUCAGUUAAGGGCGCAGAGGGUGAAGAAAAGGCGGAUGAAACAGCGGUACCGUCUGGUUAGCCUGCCACAUAUGUUGGCUUUCUUUCAUCCUGGGGCUAGUGCUUUAGAGUAGAACUGGCUAAAAUGAGGGUUAACAUGUAAGGAUUUCUGGCUUCCGGCGCAUAUUUUUCGCAUGUCAGGAUUCUAAGUUGGGUUCUGUCGAAGUUUUGUGCCGCUCUGUGGAAGUUUGUGCCGCUGUAGGUAGACGAUUAUUGUUAUGAAGCUCUGUGGUUGAUUGUGAAUAUACGGGUAGGUCGUGUACGGCGAGACUUCGAAUGUUCGAUUCCAAAUUGCACUCGCUUCUCUCACCUGGGUAUAAAAGGAUUGCAAUGCGACCGUCGUCUACGAAGUCAUCCGGUGAUCUAAGGAAGGCCGCGGUUUCUACUCGCUUUAUUUGGACGUGUGUGAUGUUAGUGUGGUAUGCGUGUGUGAUGUUAGUGCAUGUUUAUAUUGAUGUUGCAUGCAACUCACAAUUUUUCCUUUUCUAUGUAUAAAUUAUGGAAUUAUGUAUUUACUAUAGACACCUUAUAAGAUAACUUAUUAUAUGUAUUGCA